AUAUUUGGAAUUUAUGACAAGCGUGAUAAAAAAAAUAUGUUUGUAUGGUUUAACGAAUAAACGAUGCAUUUUGUUCUUAAAACCUUAUUUUACACCACAUACUACAGUAUAAAAGAACGAAUUCAGUUUGUAAUGGAAAUUGAGUGAUUAUCGGGUGAGGCAAUAAUUCUGUCGAGUAACUAAAUAUUUUUUUUUAUUAAAAUCAACAAUGGUCCUUUAAAAACUGCUGCUUUCAUUAGAUGCAGUACCGUCUAUAUUUUCGUGGGGAAAGAGCAAAGUAAAAAAAAUGAAUGAUUCAGAAUUAACCACGACAAUUAUAUCUGAGACAGUGCAAGGACAAAAAGAAUCCAAUAUGAACAAUACUAAAAUCUCCAGUGAACCAGUAGAGAGCCUGGAGGCCAUUCGUAAAUACAUUGAAGCUCAAGAAAGAGAACUGCAAGAUUUAGAAAAAGAUAACAAGAAAACACACAGUACAGAACAUGAGCCUCCUAGUCUGUCAGUAAUAGAGAGCGAUGUGGUGGCCAGUACCUCAAGCCUGAUGGAUAUGUUGAUUAACGAAACAGAUGAUAAAUUGAUAAAUAAAAACAAUAAAAGUGAAAUCAGUAAAUCGAAUCAAAGUCCCCUUGAUAAAGGUAACAGCAGUGUAGCGUUGUCAGUAGGGUCUAAGGUGGAAGCAAGGGAUUUUGCCUACAACUGGCAUCCGGCACUAAUCACGGAGGUUGAUUUUGAAGAGAUGGAAGUUCUUGUACAUUAUGACCAGGAUCUAAAAGGUGUUCUUAAGCCUGACGAAUGGAUCAGCGUGAACAGUCCCAGAUUGAGACCGUUCGGAAUGGUGACAAAAUCAGCUUCCGGUACAGAGGAGAAUACAAAGGUUUUGAAGGAGGAACCGCAUGAGGUGAAACUUGAAGAAAAGUCUAAAGUGGUGUACGCUGUGGGAGAGAGGUGCUUGGCUCGUUGGAGAGACAACAGGAGGUUUAUGGCUACCAUACAAAAAGAUUUAGGAAACGGCGCUUACGAGAUUAUAUUCGACGAUGGUUUCCUAUGGAAAUGUACAACGACAAGGUUAUACAAAUGGAAACCGGGCAAACACGAUACUCUCACGGUGGACACGAAUAUGCCUUCGCCUACAACGUCUGCGUCUUCGCCCAUCCAAACCGGCGGGCCGAUCAAUUCGAACGCGCCCUCCACACCGGUUUUCUUCAACAACCAUUUGUUUGAUCCGAAACGCGACUAUUUGAGUUCGAAAAGCGAACGUCGCGAAAUGAAAAGGAAACUCAACAUUAAGGAGAUAUUUAACAUCGGCCAGAAGCGACAAAAGAUACCGAAAGACAAGGACAAAGAAAAAGUGCCGACAGUGAGAAAACCUAGAAUCCUUAAAAAGAGACGGAAUAUGAAGCCGGGGCCGGUUAAGGUGGAGACGACGAAGGCAGUAAAUCAAAACGAGAUCCCUGACGCGGUCGCAUCGAUAAUUGGUACUCUGAAGAAAGAAGAAUCACAAGACCCUGAAGCUACGUCUGAAGGUGUAACAGAAAACGAAACUCGAUCUAAUGUGGAUGCAGCGAAAGUAGAGAGUAACGAUUGUGAUAAUGUUAGUAAGCCAGUAGAUAGCCGUAAACAGAUCUACAGUUUCGAUAGCGAUGAAUAUAAACUAGAUUUCGACCCAGUAUUAAAGGAGGAAGUUAAACUAGAGAAAUUCGAAAAGAUUGACGAUUCCAAACACGAAGAAGUAAUUGAUAGAAUCAAAGAAGUGAUUAACAAACUCGAGGAUGGCUUAAAUAAUGUUGACAAACCGCUGACACCUAAACCUUUUGUUUUGAAACCGUCGACACCGAAAUCGUCUGCUGCCAAACCACCCACUCCAAAGCCAACGACUCCCAAACCAGAAACAGCACUUGAACCUCCAACUACAAAUAACAGUGAACAGUCUGGAGAACAAAUGUUAGCAGCAGAAGAAUUAAGAGUAGAAGAGGUAGUAGAUGUUGUUGAGAACACCGAAAAAUUGCCAGUGGAGAGUGAUUCAACAACAAGUAUGGCAAACGUAAAGGAUAAACCAAAGAAGCUAUCGAAGAUUAAGAAAGGAAAGAAACUGAGGUUGUUGCAAGAGAAAAAGGUAAAGAAACAAGUGGAGAAAGUGAAGAGCGAGUUAGAAGUGAUGAAGAAGCAGAUGAAACAGAUGAGGAAGGAGAUGUUGCUGAAGACGCAGCAGCUUGCUAGUGGCGCGCAGAUGCCGGAGAGCUUCAUGCUUCCCGGCGAGUGGUGCUGCAAGUGGGUGGAUGGGCAGCCCCUGGGCACCGUCAGCGAGAUACCGUGCGAGGCCAAACUCGACGGGGACGGCAAACCGGGUUUGCCUCGGAGAAGUGUGCAGGUUGAAGACAAAAGACUGCCGCCCGGUUGGACGAAGCACAUGGUGCGCCGGAGCCUAGGACAUUCAGCCGGCAAGUGGGAUGUUGUUUUGGUCAGUCCUAACAAUCGCCGCUUCCACACGAAGACGGACAUGCGAAAUUUCUUGGAAAACAACGCAGAUGUCUCAUUGAAGGCCCACGAGAAUGCUCUCAUGGAUUUUGGGUUGCACCUGAAGCUGUCCAGUCGCCUCGGCUGGAUCACGCACACUCCGGAGGGCGUGGCCGAAGGGCCGACCCUACCAUCUGGGCUGUUGAGUAUCACGUCUCCGAUCGUCAAGAAAAAUAAGAAGUUUAGUCCGAACAAGGACGGGAAGAAGGAGAAGAAAAAGAAGAGGUUCACAUUAAAAUUGAAAAUUCCUCGCUUUAAACUGAGCCAAAAUGAAGACAUGAAACCCGAUGAAGACGUAACUAGCUGUGAGCCUUCGAGCUACGCAUCUGGUGCCGAUGCCCCACUCAACGAUCUAGCUCUGGAACCUUUGGAAGAUGGCUAUGUAUACGUGGGUUCAUUAAAAGUUCAGAUAUCAGACAAUCUGUUGAAGUGUCCGGCCGAAGGAUGCUACAAGAAUUUCCGAAACAGUGCCCUUCUACAGAUGCAUAUUAAACACUAUCACAGGGAGAUGAAGAAAAUGUUAGGAGCGACCCCUAAAGUUCUUGAUCUGGCCUAUGCAAGAACUAAACCGGUCAGAGGUCAAGUUAAGAAGAAACCUAAAAGGCCAAGGGUGCUGAAACCGAAACGACUAGAGCCGAAAGCGGAGGCGUUUGAAAUGAAACCGGACGCGUUGGAGUCUGCGCCCGUCACGCCGGACAGUACGGAGAGCUUCCUAAAGCUGCAAGACUCGCCGAAGCUCCGCGACGCGCUCGUCAGCAAACCGGUGAAGCGGCCUCGCGUGCUGCUGCCGGUCCGGCGCCCCGAAGACCAGGCCUCCAACGAGGAAGUGCUGCAGGACAGCGAGUCCGACCUGGUCGGCGCUCAGACGCCCAUCUUGGACUUCGAAACGGCCAUAUCGACGCACACGGUCACCAAGCCUUUACUCGAGAAACUAAAGAGGGCUCACAACAGGAAGUUCGCGUCGGUUUCGCAAAAGCAAAGCGAGGACGAGGACUGGUUCAUGGGAACGUCGGACGUGGACACCCGGUCCAGCUUCCCGGGCUCCGGGACUCCAGAUUCCAAGAGCACAGACGUGAAACAGCAUCAGCCCGUCUCGUCGGAAUCCAACAACGAGGAAAAAGAUAACAACAUGUACAUGUAUAAUGAAAGCGGGGAAAGAAUUAAAAUAGUACACAUGAAGCGCGAAGAGAUCAUCAACUGCCACUGCGGGUUCCGCGAGGAGGACGGUCUGAUGGUGCAGUGCGAGCUCUGUCUGUGCUGGCAACACGCGCUCUGCCACAACAUACAGAGCGAGUCGCAGGUGCCCGAGAAGUACACGUGCAGCAUAUGCUUGAACCCGCGGCGCGGGCGGCGCUCUCGCCGGUUCGCGCACGAGCAGGAGCUGGAGUUCCAGGGGCGCGCGGCGGGCGGGCGGCCGCUGGGGGCGCUGCGCCGCGCGCACGAGCUGUCCGGGAACCUGCUGCGGCUGCGGGACUCGCUGCACGCGCUCGCCCUGCACUACCACGUCGCGCUUAAAAAGAAUCAUCCGAAAUUAUACCUCUGGGCCAAGGACUGGGAUCAGGCUGAGGUAGCGCAGACCCAAGGGAAGUUUAAUUCUGAUUAUUCUGACCUAAACAUAAUGAUAAGCGCUUUGGGCAAAGAAAACCUGCCCAUCAAACCCGAAGACGUUAGGGAUCUGCAAAUGGACGUGCGGUUGACGCCCGGUGAAGAAGACGGCGACAGGUUUCUACAGCGCGACAGUCAAGCGGCGCCGACCGCUAUGCUCGGCGGGAUGCUUUCAAGUCCCGGUGGAACUUCCCUGGACUUGCCUAUAAGCACUUCAGAGUUGGAAAAGCUGGCGAAAUCCGUAGAAGAACAAGAGUUGGUGAGGGCGCCACAACCCGAGGCGGCCAUAGACAAUAACGUGUGCCGGGAACGACUUCUGCGGCACAUCACGUGCUGCCAGGCGCUGCUCGACGCCAGACUGGACUCCAUCGAAGCACAGGUCGCAGAAUUAGAAUCACAAGACCCAUCGUUUGAAGAUGAUGAGACACCUGAUUACUUUCCGCGCACAAAACAGACUGUUCAGAUGCUGUUACGAGACCUUGACACCAUGGAAGAGUUGGCUCUUGUCACUUAGUUUAGUAAAAUAGUCUUAAGUGUUAUGUGAAAUGCAGUAAAAUUGGUUUAUUAUUUAAGAUUGAAAAUAAAUUUCUGAAUAAAAA